AUGUCUGUCCUUCAUGAAUCUUCGUCUCUCCAGGAUUCUCACCCUUGCUUGGAUCUCAGAGCGUGUGGCCCUUUCAGACAAAAUGAGCCUGGACGAGGCGUUGCAGUUACUAACGGGUGGGCAGACCAUGGAGACAGGCUCAAAAUCCACCUGUACUACAGUGCUACCAUUUUGCAGAUGUCAGGAGUUGAAGACGACAGGCUAGCAAUCUGGCUGGCUGCACUGACAGCAUUUAUAAACUUCAUUUUUACUCUCAUUGGAGUCUGGCUCGUUGAAAGAAUGGGUAGACGGAAACUUACACUUGGUAGUUUAACAGGUACUGCUGUAGCACUCAUUAUCCUAGCUUCGGGAUUUUUGCUAUCAGCUCAGGUCUCGCCAAGAAUCACACUUAAUCCACCAGAUCCUUCACAUCAAAACUCUACCUGCACAAAAUACAGUUAUUGUAACGGAUGUAUGUUAGAUCCAGACUGUGGUAUCUGCUACAAAUUGAAUAAAUCAAGUGUUGUUGAGUCCUCAUGCAUUCCUGUUGAUAAAGAUUCUACAAUGAAAGCAGCGUGGGGCAGGUGUUCAAAUGAAACAGUAUUCAAAAAGGAAGGUUUGUUUUGGGCGUACAAUUUCUGCCCCACUCCAUACUCUUGGACAGCACUUCUGGGCCUUAUUUUGUACUUGGUUUUCUUUGCACCUGGGAUGGGUCCUAUGCCCUGGACCGUCAAUUCUGAAAUUUACCCGCUUUGGGCUAGAAGUACAGGAAAUGCGUGUUCCUCUGGAGUCAACUGGGUUUUCAACGUGCUUGUGUCACUGACAUUUCUGCAUACAGCUGAAUAUCUGACGUAUUAUGGAGCCUUCUUCCUCUAUGCGGGGUUUGCUGCCUUGGGACUGGUUUUUAUCUACGGCUGCCUUCCUGAGACUAAAGGGAAAAAACUAGAGGAAAUUGAAUCUUUGUUUGAAAACAGGCUAUGUACAUGUGGGAUGGCAGAUUCUGAUGAAGGGAGGUAUAUUGAGUAUAUUCGGGUGAAGGGAAGUAAUUACCAUCUCUCUGACAAUGAUGCUUCUGAUGUGGAAUAA